GUUAUGUUGUUGUGAAAAGCUUUAAGAAAUAUUUCCACCAGCACAAUGUCACACCGAAGGCAGACUCAUCCUUGUGUCUUCUCCCUCCUCUCUGCUCACUAUUUUUUCCACACUUUAUGGUUCAGUACCCGUCACUGUCAAGCAGCAGAGCAGCUGAGUCUGUUUUGAAAUGAAGGGCAAGUUCGGGGGUGAUACUCUGCUACCCUCCAAACCUUGUCUCUCCCCUUCUUUGUGCUGUCGACUGCCACUGCUAUGCUACACCCCCCCACCCAGUUCAGUCCCCUUUACUCCCAUCUUCCACCUUCCACCCCCCACUCUUUUAACCAUCCCCAAGCAUGGGCCUGUCAGUGGUUCACAGUCUAAAUUUAAACUACAGCAGGGCCAACUGCUCCUCCAGCCGCUCUGGGCUCCUAUUAUUUUCCCUGCUGAGGGGGCUUUUUCUGUCAGAGGUCCUCAGCCAGGAGGCGAGGCCUGGGGCACUGUGUGCGGCAGACUGAGUCAGAGGGAGAGGCGAAGAGGGGAGAGAGGGCGGCGGAGGAGAGGACAGGAUCAGAAGGUCUGGAACCCCCAGGGGGCCUUCACAGUGGGGAGCUAUACGGUGCCUCAGCUUGGGAUUAUACAGUGAGAGGACACAUUUCUAGAGGACUGGGAGCUUGUCUCAGGUGGAGGCAUCGAGAUGGCGGCCAACACAGACGCGGCCAAGCCGGUCAUCAUGAAUGAAGAGGAGCUGAAGAGGAAGCAGAGGGAGAAGCUGAAGAAGCUACAGGCCACAGGGGGCAACCCUCGACCAGCAAGAUCCCUCUUCUUCUUCACCCUCAAAAAUCCCUUCCGCAAGGCCUGCAUUAACAUUGUGGAGUGGAAAACUUUUGAGAUCAUCAUCUUAUUGACCAUCUUUGCAAACUGUAUCGCCUUGGCUGUGUUCCUGCCCAUGCCUGAAGAAGACAGUAACAACACCAACUCAAGCUUGGAGAGUUUGGAGUAUAUCUUCCUGAUCAUAUUCACUUUAGAGUGCUUUCUGAAGAUAGUGGCGUAUGGGUUUGUGUUCCAUGAAGGCGCCUAUUUACGGAACUGUUGGAACAUAUUGGACUUUGUCAUCGUCUUCAUGGGUCUUUUCACUUUUGCCUUGGAUACCAUCAAUAAAAUAGCAGGUGUACCAUUGGAGAAGGGUGGGGGGUUUGACAUGAAGGCAUUGAGAGCCUUCAGAGUGCUGCGGCCCUUACGUCUCGUCUCUGGAGUACCCAGCCUGCAGGUGGUGAUGAACUCGAUUCUCAAAGCUAUGCUGCCUCUGCUGCACAUCGCCCUGCUGGUCUUUUUGCUGGUUACCAUCUAUGCCAUCAUGGGACUGGAGCUCUUCAAGUGCAAAAUGCAUAAGACCUGCUAUUACACUGGCACAAGUAUCUACGCCACAGCAGAGGCUGAGCUGCCUGCACCCUGUGCUCAGGCUGGUAAUGGACGUCGCUGUCUAAUCAACGGCUCUGAGUGUCGGCCCAAUUGGGAAGGUCCCAACAAUGGCAUCACCCACUUUGAUAACAUUGGUUUUGCCAUGCUUACGGUCUACCAGUGUAUCACCAUGGAGGGGUGGACCAAAGUGCUCUAUUGGGUUAAUGAUGCCAUAGGAAAUGAAUGGCCCUGGCUCUACUUUGUUCCCCUCAUUCUGCUGGGCUCCUUCUUUGUGCUCAAUCUGGUUUUGGGUGUGCUUAGCGGAGAGUUUACCAAAGAGCGAGAGAAGGCCAGGUCACGUGGAGAGUUCCAAAAGUUGCGAGAACGUCAGCAGCUGGAUGAAGACCUGCAUGGCUACAUGGAGUGGAUCACUCACGCUGAAGUCCUCGAUGCCGACCGAGAGGGCAAAGGACUCUUGCCUUUAACCAGUGGAGAUUCAGACACAGACAGUCUGUAUGACAUGGAAGGCAAGAGUCGUAUCGUCUACUACUACCGCCUUGCCCGUCGCUGGAACCGUUUCUUCAGAAUGAAGUGUCUGGUGUAUGUGAAAACCAAGGGCUUUUACUGGCUAGUGAUGUUCCUGGUCUUCCUCAACACUCUGACCAUAGCAACAGAAUACCAUCACCAGCCUGACUGGCUCACUUCACUACAAGAUGUGGCCAGCCGUGUGCUGCUGGUGUUGUUUGUCAUAGAGAUGUUCAUCAAGAUGUAUGCGCUGGGUCCCAGAGCAUAUUUCAUGUCUCUGUUUAAUCGCUUUGACUUCUUUGUGGUGCUAUGUGGUAUCCUGGAGAUGAUCAUGUUUUCUGCAGGAGCCGUGACUCCCCUGGGUUUCUCUGUACUCAGGUGUAUCCGACUGCUGAGGGUUCUCAAAGUCACUAAGUACUGGACCUCUCUGAGUAAUCUUGUGGCCUCUCUCCUCAACUCUGUACGCUCCAUUGCCUCCCUGCUCCUUCUUCUCUUCCUCUUCAUCGUCAUUUUCUCACUCCUUGGUAUGCAGGUGUUUGGUGGAAAAUUCAACUUUUCUGACCACAGGUCCAGACGCAGUAACUUUGACAACUUCCCUCAGGCCCUCAUUAGUGUGUUUCAGAUCUUGACAGGAGAGGACUGGACCACCAUCAUGUAUAAUGGCAUUAUGUCAUACGGAGGGCCUGUCUUUCCUGGAAUCCUGGUGGCCAUCUACUUUAUUGUUCUCUUUGUCUGUGGAAACUAUAUCCUCCUCAAUGUCUUCUUGGCCAUCGCUGUUGAUAACCUGGCUGAGGCUGAGAGUUUGACUUCUGCUCAGAAGGAAAAGGCAGAGGAGAAGUUGAGGAGAAAGCUUCUAAGAUCCAAAAUGCCUGACAAGACUGACGAGGAGAGAGAGAGGAUAGCAAAGAAACUGGCAGAGCAAAGAGCCAAGAUGGAGGGCAUGCCCACCACAGCCAAGCUCAAAAUUGAUGAGUUUGAGUCCAAUGUCAAUGAGGUGAAAGAUCCAUUCCCGCCUGACGACUUCCCAGGUGAUGAUGAAGAGGUAGAGCCUGAAAUCCCUGUCAGCCCUCGCCCUCGACCAAUGGCUGACCUGCAGCUGAAGGAAGAAGCUGUUCCAUUGCCUGAAGCCAGCUCCUUUUUCAUUUUUGGCCCUCAGAACAAGUUCCGUAAGCUGUGCUACAAGAUCAUCAACGCGUCAUCAUUCACCAACUUAAUACUUCUGUUCAUCUUGCUCUCCUCCAUCUCUCUGGCAGCUGAAGACCCCAUCGACCCCAGGUCCUACAGAAACCAGAUCUUGGCCUAUGCUGACAUUGUCUUCACAACUGUGUUCACCAUUGAGAUUGUACUGAAGAUGACGGUAUAUGGAGCAUUCAUGCACAAAGGCUCCUUCUGCCGUAACUCCUUCAACAUCCUGGAUCUGAUUGUAGUUGGAGUCUCCCUGCUUUCUAUGGGGAUGGAAUCCAGUGCUAUUUCUGUGGUGAAGAUUCUCAGGGUGCUGAGGGUGCUGAGGCCUCUCAGAGCCAUCAACAGAGCCAAGGGGCUAAAGCAUGUGGUCCAAUGUGUGUUUGUGGCCAUCAAAACCAUUGGCAACAUCGUCCUGGUCACCAUGCUGCUGAACUUUAUGUUUGCCUGUAUAGGAGUGCAACUCUUCAAGGGUAAAUUCUACAGCUGCACAGACAUGUCCAAAAUGACUGAGGAGGAAUGCCAGGGUUUCUUCUGGAAGCAUAUGGAGAAUUCCCUACAAGACACAGUGUUGGCUAAGAGAGAAUGGCUCAACAGUGACUUCAACUUUGAUAAUGUGCUCUAUGGCAUGCUGGCUCUCUUCACUGUUUCUACAUUUGAAGGAUGGCCAAAACUGUUAUACAGAGCCAUUGAUUCAGACAAAGAAGACAUGGGUCCUGUCUUCAACAACCGCGUGGAUGUGUCCAUCUUUUUCAUCAUCUAUAUCAUCCUCAUCGCCUUCUUCAUGAUGAACAUCUUUGUGGGCUUUGUCAUCGUCACUUUCCAGGAGCAGGGUGAGGAGGAGUAUAAGGACUGUGAGCUGGACAAGAACCAGCGUCAGUGUGUGCAGUAUGCACUGAAGGCUCGUCCUCUGCGUUGUUACAUCCCCAAAAACCCCUACCAGUACAGAGUCUGGUACAUUGUCACCUCCUGCUACUUUGAGUACCUCAUGUUCUUUCUAAUUAUGCUCAACACCUUGUGCCUCGGGAUGCAGCACUGCAACCAGUCGGAUCAUGUGACCAAACUGUCAGACACACUGAACUUGAUCUUCACGGUGCUCUUCACUGUGGAGAUGAUUCUUAAGCUCAUGGCCUUCAAAGCCAAGGGCUACUUCGGAGACCCCUGGAAUGUCUUUGACUUCAUUAUCGUCAUCGGUAGCGUCGUUGAUGUCAUCCUGAGUGAAGUCGAUACUGCCCUGGCCUCCAGUGGAGGACUGUACUGUCUCCAUGGCUGUGCUGAGACAAAUCCUAUGCAAGCAAUUGCGGCCUCUGAAAAUGCCACAGUUUCCAUCACAUUCUUCCGACUCUUCCGUGUCAUGCGUCUUGUCAAACUGCUGAACCGUUCAGAGGGCAUCCGUAACCUGCUGUGGACCUUCAUCAAGUCUUUCCAGGCUCUUCCUCAUGUUGCCCUGCUCAUCAUUAUGCUGUUCUUUAUUUACGCUGUCAUCGGGAUGCAGAUCUUUGGAAAGGUAGCCUUAGUGGAUGGCACCCAAAUCAACCGCAACAACAACUUCCAGACAUUCCCUCAGGCUGUACUGAUGUUAUUCCGAUGUGCUACUGGAGAGGCUUGGCAGGAGGUAAUGAUGGCUUCAAUGUAUGGGAAGAAGUGUGACCCCAAGUCUGACUACCUGCCCGGAGAGGAGUACACCUGCGGGUCCAACUUUGCUGUCUUCUACUUUCUCAGCUUCUACUGCCUCUGUGCCUUCCUGAUCCUCAACCUGUUUGUAGCUGUCAUCAUGGACAACUUUGACUAUCUGACCCGUGACUGGUCUCUUCUUGGUCCACACCAUCUCGAUGAAUUCAAGAAGAUCUGGGCUGAAUACGACCCUGAAGCCACAGGGAGAAUUAAACAUCUGGAUGUGGUGACAUUGCUGCGACGCAUCCAGCCUCCACUGGGCUUUGGAAAGUUCUGUCCUCAUCGUGCUGCGUGCAAGCGGUUGGUCGGCAUGAACAUGCCUCUCAACAGUGAUGGCACUGUCACCUUCAAUGCCACCCUGUUUGCUCUGGUUAGGACUGCCCUCAAGAUCAAAACAGAAGGCAACUUUGAGAAGGCCAACGAGGAGCUGAGAGCCAUUAUAAAGCAAAUCUGGAAACGCACUAGUAUGAAACUUUUGGACCAGGUCAUCCCUCCGAUAGGGGAUGAUGAGGUGACCGUGGGGAAAUUCUACUCCACCUUCCUGCUCCAGGACCAUUUCCGUAAGUUCUUGAAACGUCAGGAGGAGUACUAUGGCUACCGGCCCACUAAGAAGAGCGCCUCAGGCCCAGAGAUCCAGGCGGGUCUGAGAAACAUAGAUGAAGAGGUGGCUCCAGAGAUGCACAGGGCCAUUUCAGGAGACCUUCAGAAUGAGGAGGAGAUGGACAGAGCCAUGGAGGAGGCUGGAGAAGAGCAAAUCUAUCAUCGUACACACGAUCUGUUUGGUAACCAGGUGGACUCAUUCUCCCCUGAGCCUACCAACACGCAGUCCCAACAGGUGACCAACCUGCGGCCCCUCAAGUUCUCUGACAGCCAGUCUGAGUCUCCGCCAAACUCUGGCUUGGUGCCCACUACUGAAUUUUUCCCCACCGCACCAAAAAGCAACACUAACAACAACGCCUUCGCAGAAUUUUCAUUUGAUAGAGAAGGCAGUCCCACAGACUUUUAUAACCCGAAUGAGGAUGCCGAGCCAGACAACGUGCGCUCCUGGAACUUUACAGUGAGAACAGACAAAACACAGUACCCUUAUGAGCCUGACUAUGAUAACAGUCGGAGUCAGAGCUCCAGUUCUGCAGCUGACCAGCUUAUCCAAGAGGCUCUAGUAAAGGGCGGUCUGGCUUCCCUGGCCAAAGACCCUGGCUUUGUCUCUGUGGCAAAGGAGGAGAUGGCUGAUGCCAUGCAUACAACUGUAGACGAUAUGGAGGGCGUGGCUCAGGACAUCAUCAGCGAACGCUCCGGCGGCAUCCCCUCUGCGAAAAAGAGACGUCCCAUCCCUGUCCCUCCUCCUGCCUCUGCUGUGGCAGCACAGGCAAAAGGUCAGCCAGAUCCAGCUGUGAGGAGAAAGAGACGUCCAAUCCCCAUGAUUCCCUCCUCACAGGAGCUGGAUGAGGUCAACUCCAAUGUUUAGAGUUUGAAUUCAAUGUGGUUAUCUUGUGAUUUUUACAUUUACACUGGCUCCACCUCACCUCACUCUACCAAGCUUGUUGCCACCUAUGACAAUCUGUAUCUACUAGCCUGGCUCAAGGCCUGAAGGCACGUUGGCUCAGGUUUAGUAUUGUUAAGUGUGGUUGAAAUUUAGCCAAGGACAAACGGUAUACCUGAUGAUGAAAUAUGAGUCUAAAUCUUCAGAUUUAUUGACACUAAUAAAAACACAAACCCAUCUCAUAGUGAACAGAUUGAUGCACUUCUUUCUUUGUAGCGUUUGUUCAGGUUAUCCAUUCCAUAUGACUUCUGGGACAGAACGUGAGUGAGCUGAGUGUCUUACUGAAGCCUCACUGAGGGAGGCAGGAUAGCGUCUAAAACGACUCGCUGAACACAGGGAGCCGGCGACUGUCUUUGUUGUGCUGCAGUUCAGCGAGAGUCGAACGGACUCCACUUUGGGGAGAUGACAACUGAGAUUGCAUGCAUCCAGGCCCAACGUUCAACUGAGUAUUCAGGUCAGACUCUUAAAAUGGGCUCUGGUGCUACACUAACAAUGCAAGUCAAGAAUUUUUUUUCCUUUAUUGGUAAAACAGCAUCCUCCGAUUGGUUAGGACUUGCUGUAUUUUAUUACUGAGGUUUACUGAGUUUUCUCCUGCUCACAGCUGUUCUUGUGGGCGGUUGGUAUCAGCGGAUUUUAAAGAGGAAACAUCUUUUUUUUAUUUUUGACAUAGAGGUAGAUUUAUGUAGGAAGAUAGAUUUAUUUGUAUUAAAGCAUUUGUUCAGUCCAAAGACAUACUGUAGUCAGGCAGUGCAUGUGAUCUUUUUCCAAGUCACUCUAAGUCACUGUACUGUUACAGGUUUUUAAAUUAUGUCACACCUUUGAAUUAGGGACACUUAGUUUGACCCACACAGUUUAUGUAUCUUCAGCAUACCUGGAGUAUGGUGGAUUUAGCUUUAUAGCUCAAUCGGGCUUAUAACAGAUUUUAUUGAUAAAUUGCAUGGGCAUAAUUUAUUGCACUUCUUUCAUGUUUUGUGCCUGAAUGCAAACAGUUAAAGGCUUUCUGAAGGAUUUUUUUUUAUUACAAUAUCUUCUAAUCAGCCUGUUUUGCUGUCAUACAAACAUUACGUUGCUAGGUUUAGAGAUACUUGGCAGUGAACAUUAUAGCUCAGCCUCUGACCUUGAGUCUCACUUCACCUCUCACUUCUGGAUCUGUGCCAUUAUGGUUGAUGUUACUUUGGUGUUUUCACCAUGGCAAACGAAAUAAAUCAUCCAAACAUUCA